GAGGCGCCUUUUCUGAGCACUUGUCAUAAAACAGUAACACAUCAUCCCUUGAUUGAAUUUGCUUCGUUGUUGUUGAGUGAUAAUUGGAAAAAAAAAAGCACACAGUGUGACAACUGCAAAUCAUUUGUAUACAGUGUCCCACGUUUCACCAUGGCCUCAAAAAAGAAGCGAACGCCGAACGUGCAGAACGAUAGCUGGGUUGUUAUUGCUGCAGACUCCGCUGUAGACAGCCAGAGGAAGGACAAUGACCCGACAUUUGUGAGGCUACGGAAUCCAGCCACAGAUGCAGCUUCCCUCUACAUGCUGAGCGGCGGCGGUGGCAACUUGCAACUAUACGAGGUCAAAGCAUUUGAAGAAGACUUCCGGUCCUGGUUUGUUGGGCAGACAGUGCAGAGAGAUGGGAGGCUUCUAUUUGUCACGCAGAUGGAUCCGCUUUUUCUCAUGUUGCCUUACUUGAUCAAAUCUGGAAAAGAAGGCAAGUUCCAGCGGCUGGAUCAAAUGGUAAUGGACGAAGAGUUUCCGGCGUGUAGCGGGUUGCUGAGCUGCACUCGUUCCUUGGCCUCCAUGCAUCACAUUGCGGAUGAAAAAGAGGUGGGAAGCCAUAAGUUUCACCGAUACAGUCAAGAAAAAACAAUGGCUUGGUUAAAGAAGAAGGUGGAGAAAACUGUCCUUGUGCUGAAGAAGAAGAACAUCUCUGUGGGGGAGGGAGUCAAAUCCUCCUCAUAUAUCCGAGUCAAGCUGGAGUCAGAUUCAAGCAAGGAGGACUACCUUGGCUACGCCCAUGGCCUCAUAUCGGAAUACAUCAACAAAGACCUGAGCAAGGACCUCCGCCAUCACCUGCAGUUACCAGAGCUCACGAGUCCAAAGGAGACCGAACCAGCUUCAAAGAAGCGGAAACUGUCGGACAAGCCGGUGGAGGCGUUAGACGACUAUACCAAAUUCAACAGUGGAGAUUUUGCUCGCAAACCGCCCAAGAAGAUGACAGCCGCGCAGAAGAACCUGGCAAAGGUGGACAAGAGUGGCAUGAAGACAAUGUCGUCCUUCUUUAGCCUCAAAGUGAAAGCGGAAAAGAAAUGAUGGUUUGUCCCCUCUGUGCUUACUUUUGUACACGACAUUUUUGUAAUAAAGCAAAGAAAAACA